AUGUUUUCCUCGCAGUUGAUCUCUCUAUCUGCAAAUCUCUUCUUUCAAUCCGUGGUCAAGCAUUUGCUCACGCAAGGGGACGCCAUGAUGCUUGCCGCAAUGUCAAGCUUAGAGGAUCAGGGGAUAUACUUCCUCGCUUCUAAUUAUGGUGGUCUUAUAGCUCGCGUCCUUUUCCAGCCAAUUGAGGAGAGCUCUCGCACCCUCUUUUCGUCGCUCCUGGGUCUCAGUGACGUAAAUGGAGAAAAUCCAAGAAACAUUGAGGCUGCUAAGACUCAUCUUACCGAUGUCAUGAAGGCAUACGGGAUCCUAUCUGCUUUCAUCUUUCCUUUGAACCCCGUCAUAAUCAAGCAAAUUCUUCACCUAUUGGGAGGGACAGAAUGGGCUGGUUCUGAGGUCUAUCGACUACUUUCGCUUUAUUGCUUCUAUAUACCUUUUUUGGCAUUUAAUGGCAUAACAGAGGCCUUUGUCUCGUCUGCUGCUAAUGGGUCAGAGCUUCGAUCGCAGGCGGGCUGGAUGGGGGUUUUCUCGGCAUGCUUUGCGUUAGCGGCCUACCUUUUCCUGAGCGUUGGCGAUCUCGGCGCUCGUGGCUUGGUGUAUGCCAAUAUAGUCAACAUGACAGUCCGCAUACUUUGGAGUCUACAUUUCAUACGAGAGUACAUGCACCAUCAUGACAACGACAUAACGUUGACCGAGCUCUGCUUGAGUCCUCAUACCUAUAUUACAGGCUUUCUAAUGACCACAAUCACGAUACUCGGGCCAGAGCUAUUCCACAGCGAUUCUCAUGGUCUGAUAGGGACGGCAGGGUUUUGCGCCUCCUAUAUUAUUCUAAUGUGA